AUGUCGAAGAAGCCCGAGCCGAGCCCCGUGCGCGUGCGUCUGGCCACCCACGCCGGCUCCUGGUACUCACACGACGAGCAGGAGCUCAAGGCUGAGCUCUCGGGUUGGCUGGACAUGGCAAAUGACAAGGACGAGCAGCCAAAGCGGCCGACACUGCGCGCUAUCAUUGGCCCCCAUGCAGGGUUUCGAUAUUCGGGCCCCACGGCGGCGUUCGCGUACCAUCACUUACUGGACUUGGACCGGGUCAAACGCGUGUUUAUUCUCGGACCUUCCCAUCAUUUCUAUCUGCGCGGAUGUGCUGUGUCCACUGCCCAUGAGUACGAGACGCCGCUGGGGAACAUUGUGAUUGACCGCGAAGUCAAUGGGAAGCUCGUGGAUUCUGGCAAAUUCGCAACCAUGUCGAUGGAUGUUGAUGAGGACGAGCACAGCAUUGAGAUGCAUCUGCCCUUUAUCUAUCAGGUGAUGAAUGGUCGCAAAUUUACAGCAGUCCCGAUCUUGGUCGGCAACACUAAGAGCAAAACCGACGAGGAGUACGGAAGGAUUUUGGCUCCCUAUCUUGAAAGCGACGAAAAUCUUUUUGUGAUCAGCUCCGAUUUCUGCCACUGGGGACCACGAUUCCGGUAUCAGCCACAUGACUCGACUUAUGGAGAGAUUCACGAAUACAUUAAAUACUUGGAUCAUCAAGGCAUGGAUUUCAUCGAGCGCUUGGACGCGAAUGGCUUUACGCGAUACCUGGAAGAGACAAACAACACAAUUUGUGGACGUCACCCGAUCUCGUUGUUGCUGCAUAGCAUCUUGGCCUCGCAAAAGCUGAAGUACACGCUCAAGUUCGUCAAAUAUGCACAAAGCAGUGCAUGCAUGCGGUACGGUGACUCCUCCGUCAGCUAUGCCUCUGCCAUCGUGUACAGUGAACCGUAG